GUAGGGGAGGAGAAGUCGGUAGGGGAGUUAAGGGCUCCUCUGCAGGCCCCAACGCUCGCGCCGCUGGCUCCGCCAGGCCCAUUCCGUGGACCGGCAUGCCAAAGCCCCGCGCGGGAGGUUGGGGUCCCGGCGCUCCAGCUCCAAAUCCCGCAGUCUCCUGCCCACACGGCGCGCAGACCGCGACACCAAGGCCUUUGGGGCAGCCUCUUGCCCAAGGUCACCCUCGCGGCCGCGGAGCUCCGCCGGCCACAGCGCUUAGAGAUCCCGCCCCCGUCCGUCCGCUGGCCUUUGGGGGCGUAGGGUGGGCGCGGCUUGACGGCCUCGGGUUCGAGCCACCAAUGCGUGAGGCCUGACGAGCUGAGCUGGGAGAAAGACUGCUCCUGGACUUCGCUGAUCUUCUGUUUAAAAGUCAAUGUGAUUUUAAUUUGAAGCAAAACUGAAAUGGGUUCUUCUUCCUCAUUCUAUUUAUAUUGCUUUUUGAUGGCCAUGGCAUAAGGAACUUUAUCCCAGGAAUACAGCUUUGCAUUAGCACUGAACAAGAUUUGUGAUGAAAUGGAGCCUGGAACAAACUCUUUUCGGGUAGAAUUUCCUGAUUUUUCCAGCACCAUUCUACAGAAACUGAACCAGCAGCGCCAGCAAGGACAAUUAUGUGACGUCUCCAUUGUUGUCCAAGGCCACAUUUUCCGGGCACACAAAGCCGUUCUUGCUGCCAGUUCACCCUACUUUUGUGACCAGGUACUCCUGAAAAACAGCAGGAGAAUUGUUUUGCCUGAUGUGAUGAACCCAAGAGUGUUUGAGAACAUUCUCCUAUCUAGUUAUACAGGACGUCUAGUAAUGCCCGCUCCAGAAAUUGUUAGUUACUUGACAGCGGCAAGCUUCCUCCAGAUGUGGCAUGUGGUAGACAAAUGCACUGAAGUUUUAGAGGGAAACCCUACAGUCCUUUGUCAGAAGCUAAAUCAUGGCAGUGACCACCAGUCACCAAGCAGCAGUAGUUAUAAUGGCCUGGUAGAGAGCUUUGAGCUGGGCUCUGGGGGUCAUACUGAUUUUCCCAAAGCCCAAGAACUGAGGGAUGGUGAAAAUGAAGAGGAGAGCACCAAAGACGAGCUGUCAUCCCAGCUCACCGAGCAUGAAUACCUGCCCAGCAACUCGUCCACAGAGCAUGACCGCCUGAGCACGGAAAUGGCAAGCCAGGAUGGGGAGGAGGGCGCCAGCGACAGUGCUGAGUUCCACUACACCCGGCCCAUGUACAGCAAGCCCAGCAUCAUGGCUCACAAACGCUGGAUCCACGUGAAGCCCGAGCGCUUAGAACAGGCUUGCGAGGGCAUGGAUGUGCACGCGACCUAUGACGAGCACCAGGUCACAGAGUCCAUCAACACCGUGCAGACAGAGCACACGGUCCAGCCUUCAGGAGUGGAGGAGGACUUCCAUAUUGGGGAAAAGAAAGUGGAAGCUGAGUUUGAUGAACAGGCUGAUGAAAGCAAUUAUGAUGAGCAGGUGGAUUUCUAUGGCUCUUCCAUGGAAGAGUUUUCCGGAGAGAGGUCAGAUGGGAAUCUAAUUGGGCACAGACAGGAGGCUGCCCUCGCAGCAGGCUACAGUGAGAAUAUUGAAAUGGUAACAGGGAUUAAAGAAGAAGCUUCCCACUUAGGAUUCUCAGCCACCGACAAGCUGUAUCCUUGUCAGUGUGGGAAAAGUUUCACUCACAAGAGUCAGAGAGAUCGGCACAUGAGCAUGCACCUCGGUCUUCGGCCUUACGGCUGUGGUGUCUGCGGUAAGAAAUUCAAAAUGAAGCACCAUCUCGUGGGCCACAUGAAGAUUCACACGGGCAUAAAGCCGUAUGAGUGUAAUAUCUGUGCAAAGAGGUUUAUGUGGAGGGACAGUUUCCACCGGCAUGUGACUUCUUGUACCAAGUCCUAUGAAGCUGCAAAGGCUGAGCAGAAUACAACUGAGGCUAACUAAAAAUAGGAUCUGGCCCUUGAGUGGCAUGCACAAAAAUAAACUAUGGUAAUUAAUGCAAAUCUGGGCACAGAUGAUGCGUGCUACUUGCUAUUAUGAGAGAAGCUUAAAAAAAAAAAAAAGGAAGAUAUUUCUGAAAGACCAGCUCUAAGUAGGCCAAUUAAAAAAAUCUAAUUCCUCAAAUUUGUGUGUUCCAGUCCUGGCCUGGAAUGGGUAAUGGUGUGAGUUAGCCCACCGCCCAGCUGGCAAGGGAAACCUUCUGACCGGUUGUGAUUGAAACAGGUGGACAGAGACACCUGCACUUGGAACUGGACUCCACCUACCAGUUCCGUUUCGGGUGGCAGCAGCUUUGGAUCACUCAUUAUUACAAGAUCAUGCUGAAAUUUUAUUUUGCUCUUGCUAUAGAUACUUAGGUAAUGUGGAUUUGUUUUGGUAGCUAUCUCACUGAAGGAAGUGCUACUUAUAUAAAAGCUACAAAUAAUGUGAUUCCUAGGAUGAGAAAUUGGUUAACAGAGCUCUGUUGCCUGGUUUUAUUCUUUCUAAAGGAUAUUUUAACUAAAACUAUGGAAAUGCUAAGAGAGUGACUUUCUAAAUAUGAAACAGAUAACUUACGGUACAAGGCUGAUAUAGUGCCCUUGUCAGUUUCUGUAAGGUGCCACUACUGUCACAAGGUGUUUCAGACUCUUGAUAAGGCAGUGUUUUGUAUUUUAGUUCUAACAUUGAGUUUGGACAGUUGUAUCUAAUUGUAAUUCUCUAGGGUGCCAGAGAUAGGUAUUUCUCAUUGGUUUGCUUUCCCAAAUCCUGUUUGGUUAAUUGUAGCCUCCAUGCAGUGGGGUCUGCUCUGUGGCUGGUAGACACCAAGCUGCUGUGACUGACCACGGUACCACGGGCCGCCGCAGCCCCUGCUCUGUUUUAGAUUAUGGUGCUUUACAAAGAGGAUGGUCCAUGACCACAUUUAUUGAGAAGGAGCCACAAGUUGUGGCUGAGAGUUCCCUGUGAACUUGAGUAGUUCAUAGAGUGCUAAGGUGACACUCUACCAACCAGAGUGAGAGGGCAGAUAGGCAGGAUUCUAUGAGUGGUUAUACUUAAGGGGGAAAACACUGCCCAAGAAGAAUCUUGAAAAUACACUCUUUCAAGGUGGGGGAGAUACUCUUUAGAGGGUACACUGAGCUAAUACUGCCAGUUCUUUAUGAGCGCUGGAAUGUGUUUGUAAAAGGAGUCCUAAGUUUAGCAAGGUAGUCUACAGAAUCAUGCUCCCACAUUAUAGAUAAAGCUGCUUAAACUUACAAGUCCACAAAACUAUGCCGACCAGAAACAAAAAUAAAAAAACAAGAAAAGCAACUAUUCUGAGACCUUUUCUGCCCAUCAGUUAGAUGAUUUAGGUUAAAAAGAAAGGUAUAUUACACAUGCUUUUAAGCUGUGUAAUACACCUGAGGUUGUCACCAGGGUAGGACAGGGUGCUACUACUAUGCCAUCUUUUCCACAGUCGUACUGGGUUAUUUACUUCUAAAUAGAAACUUUUUUUCCUUAAAAUAAAAAUAAUUUUUCUUGGAUUUGGGGUGAAAUUUUAUUUGAAAAGUUUGGCUUUGCUGUAAUGUAAUAGACAUUGCUGGCAACGGCCUCUGAUUCUCAAGCUCCUAACACCAGGGUGUUUACUUGUUGAACAUUGUCUGGAAAGAGGAAAGAAAAUACUUAUUUACCAGUUAACUCUUGUAAGCAAGAUUACAAACAGGGAUUUAUUCACAACACUGUAUCAUUCUCGAUAUAUAAAAAGCACUUUGUAUUUAAAACUUUAUUAUAAAUAUAUAUAUAUAUAUUGUUUUUUUAAAACCUAGAAACUAGAUAUUACCUCUUGGUUGUUUACCACAUUAAUAGCUUCUCUUAGUAUUGAAACGUUACUGGUUAGCAGUCUUUUCUCUGUGUACCUGACACACGUAUACAGAGGGGACUGUACAAUCAAGCCUAUUGUCUCCUUUCAUUCAUGGUAGAGGCCAGUGGGUUUUAGGUAUGAUCCUAGCCAUUAUAUUUGAGGAGAAAUUGUUCUAUUACUCCUACUAAUUUCAGUACUAAGGUGGUGAUGCCAUUUUGUUCUGCCAAAAACUGAUCACCCUCUCCCAUGGUAUUAGAGCAUUUUCUGCCUGUUUGGAAGGUUUGAUGUCCUGUUUCUCAUUGACUAUUUACGUGAUCAUUAGGACAUUGCGGGAGAAGAGUCUGAGAGGUAAAAAUACAGAUAUUCCGGGAGAGUCGUGGUCCUUCAGUUCUGCUGAAAUCAGCAUAGUGCCCUUGUCAUGAGGAAGAGUUUCUGUUCAGCCAAGAGUGGUGGCACGCUUGGGUGGUAGUUUUGGAAGCAGUCAGUUGUGCUAGGACUUAUUUAAUAUGUUGUGAAGAGAAGAGUGUCUUCUUGAAAGCCUUAUGUGUCCAUCAGCUACUAAAUGUAGAACUUAAAUAAGUUGCUCACAUCUGUUCUUUUAAGUUUUUUGUGGUAUUUGAGGUUUUGGCAAAAAUUGGGAUUUUUUUUAUCAGGCAGCCAGAGCCUGUGAGGUGGUAGGGUGUCUGAAAUGCUGGCCAUGUUCAGAGAGGCAGGAGAAGGAGAUUGCUUUCAUUUGAAUAUUAAAAGUGAAUUUUUGUAAACUCUAGUUUUUACCUUUUUUUCAUCCCCACCUUGGGUUGGAGGAAUAGUCUCUUCUCUUCACUUCAAUAUAGCUUUAGAAAAUCUUUAUCUUUCCUAAUGAGUUUGGAGAGUUGUGGGUAACAUUGUUCAAACAGUCUUUCAGGGAUCACGUCAAUGGCCUACAACCAAGCUAUUUGUCCUCCACUUUGAGUCUUAACUGUGGUUUUUUUUUCAAUCCCCGUGGGAAAGGGCUUCAAGGCACCACCAGUAGUAUUUAAUAUGCAUACUUGGGGCCAGGCACGGUGACUCACGCCUGUAAUCCCAGCACUUUGGGAGGCCGAGAUGAGUGGAUCAUCUGAGGUCAGGAGUUCGUGACCAGCCUGACCAACAUAGUGAAACCCCAUCUCUACUAAAAAUACAAAAAUUAGCCGGGCGUGGUGGUGCACACCUGUAAUCCCAGCUACUCAGGAGGCUGAGGCAGGAGAAUCACUUGAACCUGGGAGGCGGAGGUUGCAGUGAGCUGUGAGUGCACCACCACACUCCAGCCUGUGCGACAGAGCGAGACUCUGUCUCAAAAAAAAAAAAAUCAUACUUAUACCACGCUUUUACCUUUAGAUACACACAUUACAGUAAUCCACGUGGUGAAGUGCAUGUCACCAUUAACUAAGGAACAACUGCAGUAACUUACCCUGCAGGGCUGUAGGUUGCCUGCAGGCGCUCCAGGGCCCCAGCCUGUUGAUUCCGAUUUCUAAGUCUCAUCUUCCUCUGGUCCCUUUUGGCCACUACUUUAAAAGCUUGCCCAAAAGGAUCCCCUCCAUUCUAGUGGGCAUUUGCUGAACUAACCCGACCCUAAGGCUGGCUUCUAACCACCGGGGAAAGCUGCUUAGCCUCCAGGGCUCCCUCCUUGAGAGGCCCACACACCCCCAAGCUGCUGUGGAAGUGAAUUUGAGACGGAGCAGAAGCUGCAAAGCCGUGCUUUCCCUGGGGAAGGGGAUGUGCUGCGGCCUCCUGGGUGGGCGUGGAGAGGGCGCCAUCACAACGAGUCCAGGUUUUUGCUUUUGGAAGGUCUCUGAUAAUUUAGAGAUGCUGGAAACCAGCACCGUGUUAUCCCCAAUCCCUCCCGUGCCACCAGUUUUGUGAUUUAGGUUGCUUUAGUGGGUGACUAACUUUUGUUCAGUGAAACCAGGGUUUGUUUGGGGUUUUUUUCUUUGCUACUUACAUAUUUAAAGGUACAAGUUUCUUAUUUCAAAUCUCUACUGAUAGUGCCCUAUGGGAAGAUGCUGGAACACAUUUUGCAAAUGUGACUUUUUUUUUUUUUUUUUUUAAUUUUUGCUUGAAGCCAGUGUCAUGUUAGUUGCUGCUGCCUUCUUUCCUUUUAUGAGGUUCCCAAUGUUUCGUCGAGAAAAGUACUUUAUUUAUGCAAGUCAGGUGACUCUUAGGCCACAAAACCAUUUGAUGAUAAACAGAUUAUCAUUAGGUGCAUAUCUUAUUGAUAUUUUGUGAAAUGUUAUGCCUAUGUUGCAAAAGUUGAAUAGUUUUGUCUUUAUAUAUUGCUGUCUUCAGUGUACAGCAUGGUUUUACUUAAUUGAAUGUUAAUAUUUAAUAUUUUCUUCUUAUAGAAGAGAUCAUGCCCUUUUGUAUGACAUGUUUUAAUAAAUGUUAUCUGUCAACUUUGUAAAA